AUGCUCUCCGCAAUCCUCUGCAUCCUGGUUGUUACCGUUGUAGUUUACCUGGGCUUUUCACACAAACGGCCAAGGCAGGACUCGAUCCCAGGCCCUCCGUUCCUUCGAGGCCUCUCCACCUUGUUCUCUGCCUUGAUACGGAACAACCUAUACCAGGUGGCUGAGAACUGGGCGGGGCAGUACGGAGACCUGGUGGAGGUGAACAUGGGGCUGGGGAGACUGGUGUUUGUUAACAGCCCUGACCUGGCACGCCUCCUGCUCUGUGACCCGCGGUACCGUGACGUCACCAACGACAGGCCGUCCACCUAUAUGGGUCAGCACACCUUGUUCAACGGCACGUAUCAGGACAUCAUGUUGGCCAACUUCAGCUCGGCGUUCGUGAAAAGGCGAAAGUUUUUCCACGCCGCUCUCAAGAUGUACGGCCACGGGGUGGAGGCGUUUGAGAGUCUGGUACAACAGACGUCGAGUGAGCUCACUUUUCGUCUGGAGAACUACCCAGGCAACGUACCGCUGAAGAAGGAGCUGACUGCUUACAUCUGCCACAUGGUGGGGCUACUGCUGAAGGGAAAAAACCUCCGAGACACAGAUUUGAAAGUCCUCGUCAGCUGGAUCGAUGCCGGCAACGAGUGUAUCCGCUUUGAGAACGAGACAAUUUUAAGAUUGUUUCCUUUCGCCCGCUUCACCCCUGGGCUCAGGAUCAAGACACUGAUCGAGGAGCUCAACGUUUGUCACAAGGAACUCUCCCAGGCGUUCUUCCACGAUGCUCGAGAAUCUUAUCUCAGGGGAGAGAAGAGCGGCUUCAUCGGCGAGCUGUUGGAGCAACAAGGAAAACUGAGAGAGGAAGGCCAGGGGGAGGAGCUGUCCGACCACGUGAUCAUGGGCCUGGUCGUAGACAUCAUGUCCGCCUCCUUCAUCUCCACAGACAGCACCAUAUGCGGGCUCUUCCUGCACCUCAUCCGAGAUCACACGAUCCAGGAUCGAAUCCACAAGGAAAUCCAAACCGUGAUCGGAGACAACCCACCGGGGUUUGAACACCGCCGCCACAUGCCGUACACCGACGCCGCUAUCCUGGAGACAUUGCGCUUCUCGUCCAUCGCGCCUCUCCUGGUUCCCCACAGGACCAGCAGUGACGUCAGCAUCGACGGCCGCGUCAUCUCCCGGGGCAGCACCGUCCUGGUCAACGCCUGGCACAUCCAUCACCGUCCGGACCUCUGGCACCAGCCCUGGACCUUCCGGCCGGAGCGCUUCCUUGACUCCAGAGGUCAGCUGCUUGACCCCGAGCACCCUGAUCGACAGAAGCUGCUGGUCUUCGGCACCGGCCCUCGGGCGUGUCCAGGCGAGAACUUCGCUCGUUCUCGUGUUUUCCUUGUCCUGGUCACCUUGUUACAGCGCUUCCGGUUCAUGCCUCCCGUGGACGACGUACUUCCCUCCUCGCAUCCACGUGACUGGAAGUUAGGCUCUGUGUUCUCCCCCCACAACUUCCAGUGCAGGAUGGAGCUCAGACCGGGAGCUGGCCCCAGCCACGUGUCACAAGUGAAAUAG